AUGGAUGAUAAUCAUCGAUAUCAUCCAUACCAUCGAACAAAAAAUUAUAAUAAUGAUAAACGAUAUGAUCAUGAUUAUAAACGUCAAUACAAGAAAACUAAUAAACAUCAUCAUGAACAUUCAACAUCAAGGCGUGAUAAUAGAAAUUAUGAUGAUCGACCUUAUCGACGUUCACAUCGAAAUGAUUAUCAUUGUCAAAAUCAACAAUCAAAAUCGAGAUCUUAUACUUAUUUUUCUACACCACCCCAACCAUUAAUGUCUGCUCAAAUACCUCCGUUACCUCCACUUCUGCCACCUCUACCUCCGUCUCCGCCUCCACCUCCACCUCCACCUCCACCAUCACUUACAGUUGUACCACAUGAACGUGAAUCAUGGAUUCGUUCAGUAAAAAAAACUAAAAUGAAUGAAGGUAUUGAACAAAAAACACAAUACCUAGAAACAAUGCUUCGUAUGCCACAACAACAAAAAUCUCUAUUAAAUUCAUCAAGAUUUGAUCGAAUGCGUUUUGCUGACAAAAAAUUACCGACCACCACCACAACAACAACAACAACAACAACUAAUAAUGAUAAUCUAGAUAAUAGUUCUUUUCAUUUGGUUGCUGAUAUUAAUAAUCACGAUGAAAUUUUCACGAUAGAAAAAAUUUUAUUUGAUAAUGAAUUUAAACAAUACAAGGAAAUAGAUGAUAAAUGUUCAAAUCAUGAAUCAUUACCAACACCACCACCAUCUAUCGUUGAACAUGAAUCAACUUCACACAAAGAUACACAGUCUGUUCCUUGUUCAGGCUUUCUUAUUGAUGAUUGUGACGAAGAAGAACUUCCUCCAGUAUCAUCUCCACUUCGACCUCCUCUUCCUCCUCCUGCUACUGAUGAAUUAAUAGAACAGAAUGAUGAAAAUAUUAAUGAACAACGUGUUAUGUUAGUUAGUGAACUUGAUGCUGCCGAUGCUGAACGAAAACAAGAGUUAAAACGUCAAAAACGAUUGCAUAGAAAAUUACAAAAGAAAAAAGAAGAAACGAAACAAUUAGCAAUAAAAACUGAAGAACAACAAACAAACUCAACUGUAAAUAAUGAAGAACCAGAAUUAUUACCUGAUUGGAUUGUUGAAUAUGAUGUUAAUGGAAAAAAUAAAAUUUCACAAUUAACUGAUGAAGUUCGAAGAACAUCAAUAACGAUGACUGAUGAAGAUAAAACAGCGAAAGUUAAUAUGAUUUUAAUGAAAAUAAAAAAACAACAAGAAGAAUUAAGAAAAUUAAGACAAUAUGUUAUGUCUAUGUUAGGUGAACAACAAAAGCCUCAAUCAUCGAAAGUUCAGCAACAAAAUUCUACUUUAGAUCAUGAUUUAUUAAUGGCUUUUAUCAAUCAACCAAUAAAAUCUGGUUGUUGGCUAUGCUCAGGAAAAAUGUAUGCUGAAGCAGCUACUCAAUGUGAUCAUGUUGAUGAACAGUAG